CACUUCCUGUCUUGUGUCUGACUUCGUCAGCUGUCUGAGUCUCUGCUGCCUACCAAUGCCAUGACGAUGGAAAUAAUUGGCGAGAAGAAUGACUCCGCGAAUCAGCAACACGAAAUUACUCCUGGUACUGUUGUUCUAUUAGUUUCUCCUGCACGUGUGGACGAGACAUUGCAUCCAUGCCAAGUGCCACUUCUCCGGAUCCCUUACAACGUUAUUCUCUUAUACUCUACCAAACCACGCAAAUGGCUUCUCUACUGUGAUAGAGCUAUAUGCGGUGUUGAUGGCCACCUUCGAUCAGCAGCUACGGAUAUUAGCCAGGAAGACAUGGACGACGGCGUUAAGCCUGAUGACCACUAUGUGUACCAUCUUCACGGUGACCCAAACUAUGUUGAUAAGACCUUGAACGAUAGGCCAACCAGUUGGGACUCAUGGUCUGAUCGAUCUCACACAAUUCCAGAUGCCUUUGAAGCAUACUACGGAGGGUGUCCCUUCACGAAGACCGUUAUUGUAGCUUGUAAAGUACACCAUCUCAUUGAACAUGCAAACGAUGAUGAUUACUAUCGAAAUAUCAUUGCGUCACGAAAUGGUCGGGAGGCUCCAAUUAAUGUCGGAGAGAAGCAGAACAUAUUAGUCAUGAGCGCUAAUAUUCACAUACUUUCCUUGAGGGCGAAGACUGUAGCGUUUUUGAAGACACCAAACUCUAUUUUGAAGACGAACGAGCUCCCGGGUGCAGACCAAGCCACCCCCGACGACUACCGAGUUACGGUACAUUGCUUUUCCGAAGACAUGGUUUAUCGGCGAAGCGCUAAUCAUGGUACUUCCUCUGAUCUACGGAGAGGAUGUGGUCUGCGACGACCACUGUCCACGUCCCUACCCGACGACAAUAGUUAUCGCCCAAAUGACACUAUAUUAGAUCUUUUCUAUGCGCUUGCCUUGCUAGAGGCGUGGGGUGAAAAUCGUGUUGGGGACGAGGAGAAAGUGCUUCGUGAACGGAAGAGAAAGGAACGCAUUGCUGCAAGAGCAGCACGGCACAGUGCCCGUAAUGCAGAGUCGGAGGAGGAGCCUUACGAUACAUGGGAUUUCCUACUCGACCUAAAUUAUUUACUCAGGGGUACGUCGCGAGCAGAGGUAGAAGCAAAGCAAAAGGGACAGGAAGAGCGCGAGUCUCAGGAAAGAAAUCACUACACAGACGAAUGGCGGAAAGGAGUUGUUGUCACUAGUGGGCCUCCCCGCUCUCCCAAUGUGAUGGACUGCAACGACGAAUUUGCGGGUGACGGUCCCAAAACUUCUAUUAUUGAUGGUGAAGAAACGGUCAGGGUUGAUGAAGUGCUGAACAGGUCACCACUGCGGUAGUCGUUGCCAUCAGCGGAAUCUCGGGCUGUUUCCUCGCCGUCAAUAGAAGUAUCGGGCCAGGCAAGAGGCGAUAGUGCUUCUAUUAUUUGUACUAAGUGUUCCGAUGAAAAUACCUGAUUGGUCGCCAACAAGCAAUUUUU